AUGUACGAGUAUAUCAAACGGGCCCACUUCCACAAGCUACAGCAGAUAACCGAUGACGUGAUACGUGAUCGUGCCAUGGAGUUCAAAGAAAUCAUAAAUAUUGAAAAGUUUUUCCCCAACCGAGCCUGGAUACGAGAUUUCAAGUCUGUCUUCAAUAUUGACCUGGAUCACAUGAGCCAAAUAAUUGUUUCAAGGAAGCCACAAAAGUCUCUCAACUGUAAGGAUAUCAUAACCUAUUGUGCCAAGGAAGUGGAUCAUGCCUUGUCCUCUCAGCCGGAUAGUACAAAGAAUCAAAUGCUGCCAGAUGGCGGCAGCAGUCAUUUGAUGGACUUGGGAGGAGAGGGUGAACAACAGCUGCGGCAUCCAAUAUUUGAUAGUGCGAGCAAUGAUGGGGAACGACCAGACUAUGAUGAGGACAUGAUCAAUGAGGACGAAGAGGGUCCCACCAUAAAUUUUGGCGACUACCAAGAAGAUCAAGACGAAGAAAUAGCAACGGCGGAUUCGCCAGAGAAGGAUAUAAAGCCGGAUAUAAGCAUUUUGGAAAGUAUGCUUAAGGGACAAAUCCCAUCCACAAAACAAACAAUAGAAACAGAUAAAAUCAAAGAGGAAUUGCUUGAGGAGGAAUUGACGACUGAUGGUGGUAUUCAAUCAACAAGUUCGUCAACAGAAGCAGAUGGAAUAGACAGCCGAAAACACUCUACCAGGACCACAAUCGAAAGCUAUGAAGAAGCUCUAGCCUUUAUGGAACCACUAGAAGAUUUUGCCAUAUUCGAGGAAGAUUUCAAGGCAAUCAAUCUGUUGACCCAACUAGCCGAAGUAUUUGAGAAGAGAAAAAAAUGUAAAAUGCAAAUGGCGAAGACCUGA